GGCCUUUCCACCACUGGCAAGUUCAAGCCCAUCUGCGUGAAGGCGCGCACAGAGGCCUACACCAUCGAUUCCCUGAUUGCGAGGGCGGAGAACUACAGGAAGACGCAAGCGGAGAUCGAGCGGAGGGCCAAAGAGGCCGAGGAUGCGGCUGUUGCUGCCAGUGGCGAGAGCUCGUUCGGCGGCAGCCCUUCGCCCGCGGCUCCGCAGCAGGGCGCGCUUGCAGCGGGGUCUGGGCCGCAGCUCAAUCCUGCGGCGAUGGCUUGCUCGCGGUCCGUCGUCGCCCCCUCCGAGUGCAGGCCGCCGAGGACGCCUGGCGCGAGGCCUCGCGGAGGCGCCAGAUCCGUCAUGUCCGAUGCCAAGAAGUCCGAGGUGGAGGAGCUCGUGGAUAGGCGCAUUUCAGCUCUGGACACGAGCAGGUGCUGGUCGGGCGCGGCCAUGGGCCGCGAGCUUCGCUGGGCCAGGGAGUCGCACGAGGGCAUCAUGGAGGCCAGCCCCACCCCAGAGGACUCGGAGACCGCUGACAAGCUGAAGGAGCACAUCUCGGUGUGCGAUGCGAUCUGCGGGAUCGUCGAGAAGCCCCUUCGAGAGAUCCCGAAGAGCAAGCUCGACAGCUUCCUGAAUACCCUGAAGAAGUACAACGAGGACAUGUCGAGCAAGUGGAAGUUGGAUAACUUGAAGGUUAAGGUGGGCGACCUCUUGAAGAAACCUGACAUGUGCAUGCAGGAUUUCUUCUAUAUGAUUGCGCCGUGGGAGGUCCAGCACGCCGAGGGCAAUGGGAGCCUCGCGUACAGGCCGACGUACCCCAGGGUGAUCUCGUUGGACGGCAGCCAGGCGGACAAGAUCAGCCAGUGCGACGCGUUCUUCACCGAGGCGCUGAACCAUCACAUCCAUGCUGGCGAAGGCGGCCGAUCCCAACUUGUUCAGUUCUGCACCUCCUGCCUCGACUGGAUCGACAACAACUGCCCCGAGGAUGAGGCCUUCGACGAUGUCGUCAACACGAUGGCGCAGUGCUUGAAGGCUCUCCUGUGCAUUGCCAGCCCAGACAAGAUCGCCUACCACGAUUCCAUAACUAAAAUGGGGGAGGCCAAGUCGCAGUGCCCUGGGCAAGCGUGCCUCCGCCACCUGAACUUGUCGGUGAAGCGCUCGGAGUUCUACACCAGCCUCAGGGCCGUGCGAGAUGAGUGCACGCAGUACCACACCAAGACGCAGGAGCACUGGCCCGAAGUUUGCAGCCUGCUCAGCAAGAUGGAGCAGUGCGAGACCGUAGCGGAGUUUGUGCAGUCGGGUAACAUGGCGAUCGCUCUGAAUAAGGUGGCCAUGUUCGCCAUGUAUUGUCGGCCAGGCUCAAUCGACGGCUUCAAGUCUAAGCUGACGGCGCUGUUCGAGAAGUACCUCGCCGACCUGCCGCAGGGCGACCCGUCCAAUGACCCGAAUGGCAAGGCUCUGACCGCGAGGCUGGCCGAGACAAAGGCGUUGGUGACUGCAGCGAAGAUUGGCUUGCCAGAGAAACAUUCCGUGUGGGCGAAGGCCUUGUCGGAUAUCCAGAAGCAGGAGUCCUCCGUGAACAAGUUCAACGCCAGCCAGGGCCUCGGGCAGCUGGCGUCGGCCUUGAAUGCAGAUGCAUUGGCAGAUGAUGCGACGCGUCUCAGCGUCAUUCCCGUGAUCGAAUCUGUCUUGGCCGCGGGUGGCAGGGGCGUUGAGGCCCAUAGAGGGAGCGGCGCUGCCAUCUUCCAGCACGUCCUCGACGGCAUCGCCAUGAAUUGCACCCAGCCUGACCAUGCGGAAUCCUACUGUGACAUCCUCCUGAAGCUCGCAGAGGCGGAGUGGCUGACCGACGCCUCGGGUACAAAGCUGAAGGCUGCGACCGACAUGAUCAAGAACUGGGCACCGCUCAACACCCACGUCGCGUGCUGGGAUGGCCUGGCGUCCGACGACGAGAGCCGACUGCGGCACGGCAGUGCGAAGAACAUCAUCCAGGGCAUGAUCGCAACGCUCAAAGCCAUCAAGUCAGCUGGCAUGGUCUCGGGCAUGGGCGGCUUGGAGACUGACGCGACUAACGCUGGCCAGAAGACCGAGACGGCGAGCUUGGUGGCUAAGACGUCUACCAUCAGGGUGCUCUCUGAGAAGACGAACGUUCUCAGGCCGAUCAGCCGUGGCGGCGACGACAAGGGCGACCCGUGGGACUGCGGGAUGCCCGACGGCAAUGGGGGGAUUGAGGAGGUCUUGGAGCGCGCCUUCGAGACCAUCAUGCUGAUCGACGGCUCGGCCUACCAGGAGAAGAUCGACGCGGUGCAGCAUGCCUUCGAGGAGGCGCUGGAGUGGUCCGAGGUCUUCGAGUACCAGGUUGAUACCAGCGUCAUCGACGACACGAACGAGGUGCUCUGGAACGCCAUGGCCACAAAGUACACGGCCCUGCUCAUUCACACCUACAAGGAGAACUCAAGCAACCCGCCCAAGUUGCGCCGCGAGAUCAACAACUACAGGAAGCAGAUCAAGGAGCAGUCGGGCGUCGAGAAGGCGAUGCGCCAGGACGUCAUGGAGUGGGCGUCGAAGACGUGCUCCCUCAAGGGCUGA